AUGCCUCCAGACGUCGGGGAAAGGCAAAGAGAAAUUGUAAGCUGUGUUUUGCCGCAUUCGUUUUCAGUUGGAUGUACAUUUUGUUCACCCGUACCAAUAGAAAUAGUUAUUUUGUUGUUGUAGGCAUCACUUUUAUAUUCAGUCUUGGAAUCAGACUUUCACUCUGAAGAUCCAUGAUCUUUCCGCCCAUCACCGAAAAUGUUCUGCACUUCACGUUUCACUCACCUUCUGUUAAUAGCUGGCAUCCAUUCGUUUAUAGCUUAGAAUCUUCUAGAAGUUUGAAAAGUUUGUGGAUUCUCAGGUCAUGGGUUGGCUCCGGAAAAACCUGCUGCUUGUGCUGACGAUAGGCUCAGUCGUCUUAGGAGCCAUCCUUGGCUUUGCUUUCCGACCCUUGAACCUCACCCCGCAGGUAUUCAACUUUUGACAUAUGAUUUUUCAGUUUGUAGUGAGUUUCACUUAUCCACUCCUUGGAGAAAAUAUUUAUUUUGUCUGUUUGUCCUAAGGCUCAUUUUUGGAAAUAUGAGAAAGUUGUUUGGAAAACUAAAUUGAAUUAUUCAAAGCUUAAACAGACAGAUUUAUUUUUAAAAUGGGAAAAAAAGAGAAUGCAAAAAUUGGAAUUGGUUUCAGAGUGUCAUGUACAUCGCUUUUCCUGGAGAACUUCUCAUGCACAUGCUCAAAAUGAUGAUCUUACCCCUUAUUAUGAGCUCUUUGAUCUCUGGUCAGUAAGAAAAUUGAUAAAAAUGAUGAGCCAGAAAAAGAUCUUUAAUUUUUUCUUUUUAGGACUUUCGCAAUUGGAUGCUCGCCAAUCAGGAAAACUUGGAUCUCUUGCUGUCACUUACUAUGUUUUCACCACCGUUGUGGCUGUCAUUGUGAGAUACCUACUAAGAAAAAAUGGCUCAUUUUUUUUCAGACCGGUAUCUUCUUGGUUCUGGUUAUUCACCCUGGAGAUCCGACCAUCAAGGAAGAUCUCGGAACUGGUACCGAAGGCAAAACUGUCAGUACCGUAGACACUCUUCUCGACCUCCUGAGGUUUUCUUCUCAAGAAAAUGUUCAAACUUGUCAAUAAAUAUUUGCAGAAACAUGUUCCCAGAAAACAUUGUCCAAGCGACGUUCCAGCAAGUUCAAACCAAAUACAUCACAGUACGGCCGAAAAUAGUCAAGAAUAAUGACACGGCGACUCUUGCGGCUCUCAACAAUGGAACUCUGGAUUAUGUGAAAGCCAGUGUUGAGUACACGAGUGGAAUGAACGUUCUUGGUAUUUUUGGAAAAUCAAACUAUAUUCAAUUUCGCGUUUAAGGAAUUAUUGUGUUCUGUAUCGGAGUGGGCAUCAGCUUGUCGCAACUCGGAGCCGAAGCCUCAGUCAUGGUCCAGUUCUUUGUUAUCAUGGACAAAGUGAUUAUGAAACUAGUCAUGACGGUCAUGUGGUACUCUCCAUUCGGAAUCUUGUGCCUCAUCAUGGGAAAGAUCCUUGAAAUUCACGACUUGGCAGACACAGCUCGUAUGCUGGCAAUGUACAUGGUCACGGUGAGCUCUCAGAAAAACUUAUUCGGCUUUUUCUCUUUUUGAAAUGGAUAUAUUGUACAUCUUUCUGGUUCCAAAAAAAAUCGUGCAAAGAUAAGUAAAAAAGGUUGAAAACGCGAUUUACCGAUUUCAAAUAGAUUAUUAUACAUCACUUCGGCCUUUGCUUUACUUAUUGGAAUAUGAGUUAUUCUGCCACAUUGUCCCUGUUUCAGGUUCUCACUGGUCUCGCUGUCCAUUCCCUAAUCUCGCUUCCUUUGAUUUACUUCUUGUGCACAAAGAAGAACCCGUACAAAUUCAUGCGGGGAAUGGUUCAAGCCUGGAUCACGGCCCUGGGAACGGCGUCUAGGUUUUUUCACUUUUUUCUAAAGAUUCAAACCUCUUUUGUCAAGCUCGGCUACUUUGCCCAUCACUUUCAACUGUCUGGAGGAGAAUCUUGGAGUGGAUAGAAGAGUCACUCGAUUCGUCCUGCCCGUAGGAGCAACUAUCAACAUGGUAUACCUUCAAGAGCUGACGAAGACUAAAUUUUUUUCCAGGACGGAACGGCCCUUUAUGAAGCUGUUGCAGCUAUUUUCAUUGCUCAAAUGAAUGGCGUCCAUCUUUCCUUUGGUCAAGUCGUCACUGUCAGGUGGGACUUCGGUAGUUAGCUUCCGUUAGUAUUCAUUCACUUUGUAGUCUGACCGCAACUUUGGCGUCAAUCGGAGCGGCUUCUGUUCCUUCAGCUGGACUCGUCACCAUGCUUUUGGUUCUGACUGCCGUCGGGCUUCCUGUGAAGGACGUCUCUCUCAUCGUGGCUGUCGAUUGGCUGCUGUAAGAUUUGGAUUUACAAGAAAUUUAAAAACUCGAGAGAACAAAAUAUUUGGAGCACAUUUCAUUAUUUUCAACGAAACAAUUUUUUUUAGUUUGUCUAUUAAUUUUCUAAUCCCACUUAACUUUUUUUGCAUGGGAUGAAUUUGAAAAAGAAGUAAUUUCAUUCUAAAUUUGAGAAAUAUCAAUUGAAAACAAAUUUUCCCACAAACCUUGAGUACCAUAAUAUAGUAUUUAAUAUCGACCUUGAAAGUUUCUCGGAAAGUUCUAUUAUUUUUUUAGAAAUUUUACAUUCAGCAUAGUUUUUCGGCCGGCAAGAAUUGAUCAAACUACAAAUCUAAAAAAAAGCAAAGAUGCUUUUUUUGAAGAUUUUGUCCGUCUUGAAAUGGUAAACAUGAUGAUAUUUAAAUCUCCACUUCAAAAAAAAAUAAUUGUGUUAUCAUAGGGAUCGAAUCCGUACUUCGAUCAACGUUCUCGGAGACGCUUUUGGAGCCGGAAUCGUGUACCAUUAUGUGAAAGACGAUCUAGCAGCUCAUGACCGCGUCGCUGCCACCGUUAGGACGACUUCCAUCAGUAAGAAAGCUUUUCUUGUUGAAAAAAAAAGUAAAAUUGAAAUCUGGCUGUAUCGUCCAAAGCUUUCAUAAACGUAUAUUGAGAAAUUCGAGAGCAUAUAGGGAAAAAUCUUUUACGGAUGUGAUAAAAAACAAAGGGCGUUCGUCAUAAUUAAUAAUCGAUUCAGCGGUGCUCGACGAGAAACGGCCGCUAGCCGUCUACAGCAGUCUGCCCACCGACGAGAAAAAUCUCAAUUGA